CCCAGCUCACUGGCCCACCACAAAUCGACAGAAAGCAAGCGACGACAUUGCCCGAGGAAGAAGAGAAGCGAAUCCAGCUGGAUUUGGGGUCUCCUCUUGCCACCGUCUUGUCCAUCAGAGAGAUUGAUUGCCUUCGCAACCCGCCUUCAGCACGCCUUCAGCAGCCAAGAUGGAAAACAUGAAGUGGAGCAAUGGCGGGGACGGCACGAAGAAGCACUACAUCAUAGAGGGUCCCUACCGGACCCACCAGUGGCGGGUGGGACUGAGUAGCGAGUUCCAAGAGGCGGAUCGCUUGUGGCGCAAGCAGUACCUCAAGGACCAGGUGCUCGCGCCCAAAGACCUUCACAACGACAUGGACCGCUUGCCCGAGUUUCGCAAGGCGCGAUACAACUUGAUUCGCCGUGUGGCCCGCAUGCCCGGGGAUGCGUUGGAGGGCGCCUUCCGGGGCUUCAUGUCGUCCCAGGUGGCCCUUUUAUCGCGUUUGAUGAUCACGCGGGGGCUGUUCGUGUGGGCGUUGGGCGUGGGCGUGGCCUUCUAUGUCACCACUCAGGAGUCGGACUGGACCCGCUUCCAGGGUAUGCGCAUCUUGGACCGCACGCACGCCAUCUACCCGGGACAUCCCGAAUGGCCGCACAACACGUCCCAGAAGCGAGAGAAGCCAUCCGACUUUGGCAAUCGGGGAUUCGAACACUCGACCAUUUAAAGGCCGCCGCCGCCGCCUUUCGAGCCCACUCCCACAUCCAUCGCCCUCGAUGGACCUGUUGGAUGGGGGAGGGGGGCAGGGGGAGGAGAAAGGGUCGAGGGAAUUCAGUAGUCGUUGAACUCGUGAAAUAUAUAUAUAUAUAGUUGUACCUAAUGUAGAUCAGUGGGAAUCCA